AUGUCUCGUCGUCCCCGGGCAAGUUGGUACAGAUCCUCUCCACCUCCCCAGGCUGCAAAUCUCCCUGUUUUAGAGGACAAUGAUGAUGAAGUGGUGGUUCUUCCACCUGUGGACAACUCGGCUAUAAUCUCUCGCCUUAACCUCAGUCUCGUUGGCAGAAUGUUUCACCGUGGAGGUCGGAGCAUGGCUGCUCUCGUUUCUACCCUCCCCAAGGAGCAUAUUUGGGACUUAGAGGGACAUGUUCGUGGUAUCCCUCUCGGAGAAUCUCGCUUUCAGUUCUUCUUCGAAACUGAAGCGGACCUACUCAAGGUCUUGAAUAAGCGUCCCUGUCACUUCAACCACUGGUCCUUCGCUUUGGAGAGAUGGCAGCCGCACAUUGGUGCUUCCUUCCCCGACACCAUGACUUUUUGGAUCCGCAUUGAUGGUAUCCCUGCUGAGUAUUGGGUUUUUGACUCUCUCUCCGCCUUUGGAGCCUCUCUUGGUACUGUCCGGGCAGUUGACACUACCAAAGGCAGGAUACAAGUCUCUGUUCAAGCUGAUGCACCCCUGAAGUUUAAGAAACAAGCACAGAUCCCAACUGGUGAAACUGUUUCGGUCUCCUUGCUUUAUGAGAAACUCCACAGGUGGUGUUUAUACUGCCGCCGGAUUUGUCACGAACCUGAAUCUUGUCCUCUCCUGGAUAAGGAUCAGCGAAUCCUCUACCAGAAGCAGUUCGACCUGGAGAAGUCCCUAAGAGCUCCUCCAAGGGAUGAUAGCUCACACUCUCGUCUUCUUCCUCGACCGAGUGGAAGACGUCCAUUGGAGAACCGCCAGUCUGACCGUUCUUCCCUUCACCCAAAUCAGCGUGACUCUUCGCCUAGCCGGGUGGUGAGAAAAGAGAAAGCUCGUCGUGAGGCUCCCUAUCAAGUUCCUUCCCGUAGGGAAGGCGCUCCUCCAGCCCCCCACCGAUCUCACCUGCCACAUCAAAAGCAUAUUUCAGACCCAAAAGGGAAAGGCAAGAUGGAUGAUGUUGAGAAUGAUGACGAGAAUCAUGAAAACUUUUCCCCACGUAACCGGUCGGUCCUGCGUAUUGGUGAUGAUGGUGUUAUCCCUCAGAACAUCUCACAGCACUCGAAUCCCAAGCACUUGGAGUUGACUACAGUUUCUGACUCACAAGCUACGCUCUCUGAUCCCUACCUCUCCCAGGCCAAGGCAAAGCAAGACUGCCUCUCCCCAGAUUACGCCCGCGAUCGUCCCUUCCGUCUCACUCUUCAGAAGAAAUCAAAGCUCCCAUCAUCUAGUCACCAGUCUCCCGGGAGCAAGUCCGGAACCUCGACGCAUAAUCCUCCCGAGAUAGGAAGCUCGGCGAAAAAAUCCCUGAACUUCAAUGUUCAGGAGAAAAAUGGUGUGGAUCCUCAUCCCCCUCUCUCUUUUGCCAACCUAUCCUUGGAUAAUCAAUCCACCCAGAGACGUAAAAGUUGGUAUGAGAUGACCUUGGAAGAAGAGGCGGAGAACGCUGUGGCUGAAAUCUCUCCCUUCUCGGCUCCUGCCGCGGUGGAUCCUCCCCUAGCUCCGGUUGAUGCCCAGGCUGUUUGGGCGCCGCCUUUCGCCUCCGACCAGGCGUUUGAAGCUGCGCAGAUGGACGACCCCGAUGCGGAUAGCUUUGGCUCCAUGGAUGAUGAAAUGUUUGCGAACGAUGACCUUCUGGGUGAGGAUCUUCAUGCAUCCCUCCAGAAUCAGGAAGCCGCUCACCGUCCGCUGUCUCCCCCAGUAGCGAUUCCGGCGAGUAAGGCCGAGAUAAAAACUCUGAAGAGCAAGAUUGUCUCGGGCUCCUCCGUGCUUAGUGAUGGGCCUCCUGCUGUUUCCAGGCCCACUACGAAACCUUCUCCAUUGAUUGCUGGGCCGUCCAAACGAUCCAUUAAGAGCCCAUCUCUCCAUGUGAAUUCGGCUUCAAGGAAAAUUAAGCUUGCUAAAGGAGACUCCCGAUCACCUUGUUACUCCCGAGGGGCCUCUUAA